CUGUUCCCGGGGCGGGGGCGGCGGUGCCGCCCGGCCCUCCCUCCUUCCCCUCCCUCCUUCCCCUCCCUCACACCCGCGGGGAGCGCGGUCCUCGCACACGGGCGCUGCCCCCGCGGGGCCGGGCCGGGCGCUCCCCCCCGGACAUGAGGAUUGAGGCCAUCGGCGAGCGCGCACCGGGAGGAGCGGCCGGUCCCGUGGGCCGCGGGGCUGCCCGGGGCCGGCGGGGCUGAGGUUUCUGCACUUGGGAAAUCUGAAACGGUUCUCCUCAAACCAAACAGAACUCACGGGUUGCCAUGUUUAUGUUGCUUGUGUUUGCAUUGCUACUGCAAGAAAUUCUGGCUAAUUCCCAAGCUGAAAAUCCUACUGAAUUCACAAACAUUCCAGAGGAGCCAUUGUAUAGCUACAAAGCUAUCAACUUGCCAGAUGAGCAUAUUCCAUACUUUCUGCACAAUAACCAGCAUAUUGCUGACAUCUGUAAGCGGGAUGCUCUUUGCCCAUAUAAAAAACACUUGAAGAAACUAAAAUCCUGCUGGGGUUAUGAGAAAUCUUGCAGAUCAGAUAACAGGUUCAAUUACCCAGUAUGUGAUUAUGUUGAAACUGGAUGGGCAAGUGACAUUGAGACAGCCCAGCAGAUAUUCUGGAAACAAGCUGAUUUUGGUUAUGUUCGAGAGAGGCUCAAUGAAAUGAAGACCCACUGUAAGCCUGCAGCAACAGGGGAUUCAUCUCUGACCUGUUCCCAGUACCUUCAACACUGCAGAGCAACAAACCUGUACAUUGAUUUAAGGACUGUGAAGAGAAACCAUGACAGAUUCAAAGAAGACUUUUUCCAGAAGGGAGAGAUUGGAGGUCAUUGCACCCUCGACGUUAAAGCAUUUUUGGCUGAAGGUCAGCGCAAGAGCCCUCUGCAGUCCUGGUUUGCAGAACUCCAGACAUUUACUGCAUUAGACUUCAGGCCUCUAGAAGAUGAAAAGUGUGACAUUGUUAUUGAAAAGCCAACGUACUUCAUGAAGUUAGAUGCAGGUGUCAACAUGUACCAUCACUUCUGUGAUUUCGUCAAUCUUUACAUUACCCAGCAUAUCAAUAAUUCCUUCAGUACUGAUGUCAACAUAGUCAUGUGGGACACUAGCUCAUAUGGCUACGGUGACCUGUUCAGUGAGACAUGGAAGGCAUUUACUGACUACGAAAUAAUUCACUUGAAAACCUUUGAUUCUAAAAGGGUGUGCUUUAAAGAAGCGGUGUUCUCGUUGCUGCCUCGGAUGCGAUACGGCUUGUUCUACAACACUCCACUGAUCUCUGGCUGUCACGGUACAGGGCUGUUCAGAGCGUUUUCUCAGCAUGUGUUACACAGGUUAAAUAUUACACAAGAAGGACCCAAGGAUGGGAAAAUUCGAGUCACGAUACUUGCACGCAGUACAGAUUACAGGAAAAUAUUAAACCAGAAUGAGCUCGUGAAUGCUUUGAAAACAGUAUCAACAUUGGAGGUCAAAGUGGUGGACUACAAAUACAAGGAACUUGAAUUUUCGGAGCAAUUGAGAAUUACCCACAACUCUGAUAUAUUCAUUGGGAUGCACGGAGCUGGACUGACCCAUUUGCUCUUUCUACCAGACUGGGCUGUUGUUUUUGAGCUAUACAAUUGUGAAGAUGAGCGUUGUUACCUGGAUUUGGCAAGGCUGAGAGGGAUUCAUUACAUCACUUGGAGGAAAAGGAAUAAAGUAUUCCCUCAGGAUCGGGGACACCACCCAACACUGGGAGAACAUCCAAAAUUUACAAACUACUCCUUUGAUGUGGAAGAAUUUAUGUACUUGGUGCUUCUGGCUGCAAAUCAUGUUUCACAGCAUUCCAAGUGGCCGUUUAGGGUAAAACAUGAUGAAUUCUAAAUUAGAUUUCUGACUGAAAUACUGUUUUUAAAUAAUCACGGAAUGGCCUGGGUUGGAAGGGACCUUAAAGAUCAUCCAGUUCCAACCCCCUCCCAUGGGCAGGGACACCUUCCA